AUGAUCAUUAUAGUUCUAACCUCAUUCAUUUGCUUCCUGGGAAGUGCAUCAGCUUCUGUUGAAGAAGCUGACACUCUUCUUAAAUGGAAAGCAAGUUUUCAGAACCCGGAUAAUCCCCUGCUAUCUUCAUGGAUUCUUCCGCCAAACGCUGCGAAUUCUUCUCAUUCUCGAAAAGAAAUCGCCAGCCCCUGCGUUUGGUAUGGUGUCUCUUGCAUUCAUGGAAGUGUCAACCGGUUGAACCUCACAAACUCGAGUAUCAAUGGUACUCUUUACAACUUUCCGUUUUCAUCCCUCCCAAAUCUUGAAUAUGUUGAUCUGACCCUGAAUGAUCUUUCUGGGAGCAUACCACCUCAGAUAGGUAACCUCUCCAAGCUCUUGUAUCUUGACUUGCAGCGCAAUCUAUUUUCAAAUACUAUCCCACGUGAAAUUGGACGAUUGAAAAAUCUCCAAACCCUUCAUUUAAAUGACAACCAGUUAAAUGGCUCAAUUCCUGAGGAGAUAGGGCAAUUAAGGUCUCUAAGUGAUCUGGCUUUGGCCACUAACGAUCUUGAUGGCCCUAUUCCUGCUUCCUUGGGCAAUUUGAAAAACUUGACUUACUUGUAUUUCUAUGACAAUCUGCUUUCUGGCCCUAUUCCUCCUGAAUUAGGACAUCUUUACAAUCUUGUUGAGAUUUACAUGUACGGAAACCAGUUAUCAGGUGCUAUUCCACCCUCCUUUGGAAACUUGAACAAACUAGAGGUCUUGCAUCUUUUCAGCAAUAAACUCACUGGUCUCAUUCCUCCUGAGAUAGGGAAUCUAACAUCACUGCAUAGUCUGAGUUUAUUCAAUAACAGUAUAAGCGGCUCAAUCCCACCAUCAAUAGGCAAUCUAGCCAGUUUGACUCUCCUGCACCUAUAUGGCAAUCAACUCUCUGGUUCAAUUCCCAAGGAGUUGGGCAAUCUGAAACUUCUCGAGGAUCUAGAAUUUGCCGAUAAUCUGCUAAGUGCUUCCGUUCCUGCUACACUAGGUAACUUGAGUAACUUGCAGUAUUUGUAUCUCCGCAGAAACCAUCUUUCCGGUCCUAUUCCCCAAGAGCUUGGAAACUUGACAAAGUUGGUUGCUAUGAUCAUGUCUGAAAAUCAAUUCUCUGGUCACUUGCCCGAUAAGCUAUGCGAAAGUGGAGUGCUUCGAAACUUCACUGUAGAUGACAACAUGCUUACAGGUCCAAUUCCUAGAGGCUUGAAGAACUGCACAAGUUUACUUAGAGCUGUCUUCAAUGGGAACCAGCUCACUGGAAACCUCUCAAAGAUGUUUGGGGUCUAUCCACACUUGGACUUCAUGGAUCUUAGCAACAACAAUUUCAAUGGAGAACUCUCUGGUAAUUGGGGUAGAUGUCGAAACUUGCGUACUCUGAAGAUUGCAGAAAACACCAUCUCAGGUCGUAUACCUCCCGAAUUAGGAAAUUUAGCUCAACUAGGUGUACUUAAUCUUUCCUCCAACCACUUAACUGGGAAGAUUCCAAUGGAAUUUGGGAAGCUAAGAUCUAUGCUAAAUUUAUUUUUGCAAGAUAAUCAACUAUCAGGCAGCAUACCUCAAGAAAUGGGAUCACUAACUCAACUACUCAGUCUAGACCUUUCUUCAAACUCAUUGAAUGGCUCAAUACCAGAAACUCUAGUGAACUGCAAGCAAUUGUUCUAUUUGAACUUGAGCAGCAACCUUUUGAACCAAAAUAUACCUGCUCAAUUAGGAAAUUUAAUUACACUUUCUUCCCUGGAUCUUAGUCACAACUUUCUUGAAGGAGAGAUACCAUCUUUGUUUAGAAAUCUGCAAAGUCUAGGACUGUUGGAUCUCUCCCAUAAUAAUCUCUCUGGUUUCAUUCCACAGGAUUUGGAUGAACUGCCUGGUUCCACGCACAUUGACAUAUCUUUCAAUAAUUUAGAGGGUCCUGUUCCGCCUGGCAGAGCAUUUGCAAAUUUCACGAUAGAACAAGUACAGGGGAAUAAAGGUUUGUGCGGAAAUAUUACAGGAUUACAACCUUGUGAAAGUCCUCCUGUCGAAGGAAAGCAUAAUACGCACAAGGGUCAGAAACUUGUCCUCAUAAUUUUGCUCCCUCUUUUAGGAUCACUUUUACUUCUCUGUGCGUUUGCUGGAGCCUUCCUUCUAUGUUAUAGAAGAAAGAGAACAGAGAGAGCUGAAGAUACAGAUGUGGAUGAAGACGGCUUCUACUCCGUAGCCAUUUUUGAUGGCAGAGAGAUGUUUAAGCAGAUUUUAAAAGCGACAGAGGACUUCAAUGCAAUAUUUUGUAUUGAAGAGGGAGGUUACGGGAGUGUUUACAAGGCAAACCUUCCAUCAGCCGAUGUAGCAGCUGUAAAGAAACUUCAUCAAUCAUCUGAGAUGACAGAUAGAAAUGGUUUCUUGAAUGAGAUAAGGGCCUUGACGAAUAUCAGACAUCGAAACAUUGUAAAACUUUAUGGUUUCUGCUCAGAUUCCAAACACUCAAUGCUGGUUUAUGAAUACCUCGAAAGAGGCAGCUUGGCAGACAUUUUGAGCAAAGAAGAAGCAGCUAAGAAAUUGGAUUGGCAGAAAAGGUUCAUCGAGACAUAUCGAGCAAGAAUAUUCUUCUUGAUUCAGAAAGAUGAGGCUCAUGUUUCUGGUUUUGGCACUGCAAAGCUACUGAAGAAAGAUUCAUCCAAUUGGAGCGCGCUAGCAGGCACAUAUGGAUAUAUUGCACCAGAGUUUGCCUACACAAUGGAAGUGACUGAAAAAUGUGAUGUGUACAGCUUUGGGAUACUGGCCCUGGAAGUAAUCAAAGGAGAGCAUCCAGGUGACUACACAUCCCCAGUUAUGUGUGCUUCACCUGGAAACUUACAACUGGAAGACUUCUUAGACCAACGGCUUUCGCGUCCAACUAAAAAGGUUGAAGAGGUUCUGGAAUCCAUUAUCAAACUUGCAAGGGGAUGUGUGGCUGCUAAUCCAAAAUCCAGGCCAACAAUGCACAUUGUUUCUGAGUCGUUAGCAAGGGGUGCUCAAUCUCUGCAACAUCUUGUGGAAAAUAGUGCAGCCCGGAUAGCAGAUCUGACAAAGAUUGUUGAAGAAGAAUUAGAGGGACUAGAGCAUUAA